CCUAGUUCAACUUUCUAUACUUCAUUGACUUCCACUAUCCCUCCCUCGUUCCUUCCUCCCCACAGCAACAUCCCCUCUUAAUGGUCUCUGCUCUCCCUUCUUCCAUCUCUUUCUCUUUCUCUUUCUCUUUUUCUAUCUCUCUCACCUCCUCUUUCUACCCAUCCAAUUGACCCCGAGCAAAUCAUCCCCCAUACUUAUAUAUCCCCACAAACAUCCCCAGCAAGAAAUAAAAAUGGACCCCAGCGACGUCACCAUCCCCCCAAUGAAAGACCUCACGGUCGACAACAUCACCGAGAACGUCAUCCAGAUCAACUCCCUUUGCAAAGAUGAGCGAAUGAAGUAUGUCCUCGAACGACUAGUUACCCACCUCCACGACUUUGCGCGUGAGACGCGCCUCAGCACAGACGAGUGGAUGACGGGAUUACGGUUCCUCACGGAAGUGGGGAAGAUUUGUUCGGAUGUGAGGCAGGAAUUUAUCCUCCUCUCCGACAUCCUCGGCCUCUCCAUCCUCGUUGACUCUAUCGACCACCCCAAACCUCCCCACAGCACCGAAGGUACCGUCCUCGGCCCCUUCCACACCCAUGACGCCGCGCCCCUCGCCCCGGGCGCCUCCAUCUCCCACGAUCCCGCCGGCGAACCCCUCCUCGUCGUCUGCACCAUCCACGACACCCACGGUAACCCCAUCCCCAACGUGAAGAUCGAUAUCUGGGAAACCGAUUCCACGGGCCACUAUGAUGUGCAGUACCCGGGCCGGGAAGGGCCCGAUGGCCGCUGCGUAAUGACCAGUGACAAGGAGGGAGUGUUUUGGUUCCGUGCGAUUACCCCAGUUCCGUACCCAAUUCCGCAUGAUGGGCCGGUGGGGAAGUUGUUGAAGAAACUUGGCAGGCAUCCGUAUAGGCCGUCGCAUAUGCAUUUUAUGUUUGAGGGGGUGGGGUUCGAUCAUUUAAUUACAGCCCUUUAUCUCCGCAGCGAUCCUUACGAAACCUCCGAUGCUGUCUUCGGCGUCAAAGACUCCCUUGUGGUCGAUAUCGGUCGCGCGGGUCCGGAGUACGCGGCCAAAUACGGCGUCGCUGAGGAUCAUGCUCUGCUCACAUACGACUUUGUUCUGGUGUCGGACGAGGAGACGAGCGAGCUGCGCGCCAGGAACUCCAAGGAGGCGCUGGAUAAAUUGGGCCGCAAAGUGCGCAUUGUCAAUGGGUUGCCGGUGCCGGAUCUGGAUUGAUCUAGGUCAUCUUGUUCGUCAUAUAUCAUUCGUCCAUUAGAAUGUGGUAUUGUAUCUUAUGCGGUUGUUGUAUAUACAUCAUUCAUGAUCCAUGUCAGGUGGCGGCAUCCGCCCCCACCAUGUCUCCAAAGUCACUCC